GCGUAAUAUCUUGUCACUUAUCUUGACUAUUUAUCAAAAUAAGAGAUUGCUUUAAGCCAAUCGGAUUUGAUUCCGUAGCACAAAUUUUCGAAUAAAUUAUACGAGAAACAAUCUUCGAUUACACUGAUAAAUCUUCUGAUUAAGUGAACCUUAAACUGAGUUUAAUUCAAAUGCUGCGUGUCGGUUCAAAAUUGAAAUACAAAAGUGAGUUCAACAACCAAUCGUAUUCAUCAACUCCAGUGCUACCUGAAUUAAGUUUUCAAGAGGUUGAAGAAUACUUCUCAGAUUUAUGGUCUGAACAAACACCCUUGAAUGAAAAUAUUCAAAGAGUGCUGCAUUCUUCAAAUUCGUCCGAACUUUCCUUUCAAUCAAUGUCAUCUUCAUCUGAUGCACAUUUGUAUAACACUGGAAAUCAUAUCCCGACACAAUCUCUAUCCUCUUCUCCAAUGAAUAAUGACAUCCAUAAGGUGAAUGUGGUUGAGAAUAAGCGGCGAAGACGCUGGAAGACUAUGGCGCGUUCUAUGAUUCCAAAAGCAGAGUUUUUUAUACAUUGAAAUGGUUGUUUCCUCAAAGUUAUAGUGUUUUUCAAAUUGUACAGUAUCCCUGUUGUAUAAACUUGUAUUAAUAUCCCUUUAACAUUUAAGAUUUAUCUUUAUAAAACUGAAAAAAUCCGCG